UCUUGUUCUGCAGCAGUCCCCAAUGUGGCAGCUUAUUAGAGAUGCCUUGUGCCCUAUACUGCUGACACAGCGAACAAGAAGCUCUGCUAACAAUAGAAGAGAGAUGGGCAAUGAACAUUUUAAAUGGGAGAACCGAAAAGUAUGGAUCUUUGCCACACCAUGACUCAUCCACUGCUUCAGAGCUCCAUCCCUCAAUCAAUGAGUUGGGUGACUUGGUAGGCAAGGGACACUGCAAAGACACAAUGCCGGUAAGUAUGGCAGAUCCAUAUUUGAAACCAUAAGCUGAAUAAUAUCACAUAUGCACAUGAAAAGAUAAUGGCUUUGAUUCCUGUUGUCUCUUUGGUGUCCCUUGGCCUGCCUCAUUUCUCUCACAUCUAUAUAAACAAACUCUGGAUGCCAAGGAAAGGCAUUGCAAAUCAUCUCUCUCAACCUUCUCUUCAACUUCAAAACCCUUCCCCACAUCAUCUCAAUUUCACCAAAAAAAAUGGCAGCAGCUUCUUUCCAUGCUCGCUCCAACAGUUUGCCUGCUAGAUCACACCCACUGAUCUCAGAAAUCGAUGAGCAAAUUUGCAGGUUAUCGUCGUCAUCAUCCAUAGGCCACAACUUGAAUAGCCUUCAGGUUGUGUAUGAUUGUGUUGACCAGUUGUUCCAACUGUCAUCAACUCAACAAGCCUUGAUCAAUGACCAGAAAUGCUUCAACGAGCUGCUAGACGGAUCCCUCAGGCUCUUGGAUUUGUGCAACACUGCCAAGGAUGCCUUGUCCCAGAUGAAAGAGUCCGUGGCUGAACUGCAAUCCGCUAUUCGCAGAAGGCAAGGUGGUAUGGAGGGAGAAACCAGAAGAUACCUGAAAUCACGGAAGACUGUGAUCAAAGCAAUCCAAAAGGUCUUGAAGGCAAACAACGUCGAGACACUAUCCAUGUUGAAGGAAGCUGAAUCUGCUGUUGUUAAGGUUUUGGAGUGCUUGCUGGCAUUCAUUUCUCAAACAAGCUCAAAGCCAAGCAGCUGGUCAUUGUUUAAAAGGGUUGCAUCAGCUUCAAGGGUUGCAGCAGCAGAAGCUUCAAGCGAGAAUGAAUUUGCAGAGGUGGAUGCAUCUUUGAAGAUUAACAAAUCCAGUGAGGAGAUUCAACUUCAUCUCAAGAAUCUGCAGCCAUGCAUUCAAGAUCUUGAGGAAGGAGUUGAGAACCUCUUCAGGCGUUUGAUCAAAACAAGAGUCUCCAUUCUCAAUAUCCACAAUCUGUAG